CUCCACCACACAAAUCACAUCAAUAUAUAAAGCUUUGAAAGGUAAAAUGCUAGACAAAUAUACAUUCUUCUGUCCUAUAAGAAGGGGGUACUGCAAUUACCUUAAUGGUUUGGAAUCAUUUUGGCUUUUCAGUUUCUUUCCCCUCCUCUGUUUAGCCAAUUAUGUUGCUAAGAAGCUCAUCAACUCCAGUUCUUGGAUCUCUCCUCCCAUCCUUCUCUGACAGUCCCAAUAACAGUAAUCACACUUACUAUCAUGACACCAACUCCGCCAAGCACCAUCCAAGAACCACCAUUCCAUUCUACCAAACAGGGCCUCUCAAUCUAUCAUCUUCAUUUUCAUGCAGUUCCUCUCCUAUCUCUCCCUCCAUUGCCGGCAAAGGGAUUCGUCGUGCUCAGUCUGAAGGGAACUUGGAAGGAUUGGCUUUUGGUUCCUGCAGCAAUACUGAAGACUCUCAUGAUUCUAGACAAUUAGCACCCAAGAAGUUCACUGGGAGACCCCCCAAGAGCUUCACGUUGCAAACUAUACCAUCUUUCUCCUUUUAUGGCUCAAGAGGUUUGUUGGAAGAUGAAGAAGAAUUUGACUUCUCUGAUGAUGAUUAUGAUGACGAGAGAGAAGACCAGGAGAAGAUUAAUCACGAGAUCAGUAACAGGCAGAUCAUGGUUUCGACAGAGGAGAGAGUUAUGGAUAGGAGUUGGGAUGCUGGUGUUGAACAAGAAAGAGGGGUGGUUAGUAGUCAUCAAGAGGUGUCUCUUGCAAUUGGACUUGGACUUGGUGGUGGCGGAGGCGGUGGCGGUGGCAACAGUGGCCGUGGUGGAGAGUUCAAUUCAGGAGGUGGGGAUGGAAGAGACAAGGAUAGUUCUGAGGAGUACUACAGGAGGAUGGUGGAGGAGAAUCCUGGCAACCCUUUAUUCUUGAGGAAUUAUGCACAGUUCUUGUAUCAGAGCACAGAAGACCUACCGGGAGCAGAGGAGUAUUACUCGCGUGCCAUACUAGCAGACCCCAGCGAUGGUGAGAUCAUGUCACAGUAUGCUCAGUUAUUGUGGGAGCUACAUCAUGAUCAAGAUAGAGCUCUAAGCUACUUUGAGCGAGCAGUUCAAGCUUCUCCUGAAGAUAGUCAUGUUCAUGCAGCAUAUGCUAAUUUCCUUUGGGAAAUGGAGGAAGAUGAGGAUGGAUGUGAUGUACCAGUAGACUUCGAUGCCACAAGACCCUAUUCCCAUGCAGGUGCCAUGACUACAGCCAAUGCUUAACCGCUCGUGAGAACCCAAGACGAGACCUAUGGUAGAUCAAAGAAUUUUAUGUAAGGAUCCAAAUCCCUUCCUUACAUAGUGUGUGAAAUUUAGAUAAUAACUGUAAAUGCCAGAACAGAUGCUUUAGAAUGUUCAGAAACAGACCCUUGACUUGUAAGUUGUAACUGGGUCUCUCUUCGUGGAAAGUGCAAAUUUCAGCGAACAAAGGCAACAGAACAUCGAGUUAGACAUACAAGAGUAAAGUAACAUUGUAAAACAUAUUUGUUUUAGAGAUCUUCAUUGGAAUCUGAACAAAAAUGUAAUGAAAUGUAAUCGAUGUCUUCAACUUUUACUCGUUCA